AUGUCGAACUCAACGACAUGGUCGCAACACGUGCAAAAUGCAUUUGACGCGGCGCUCUCGGCCCGCAUAAUUGACGCAGGCCAGAGAUAUCAAGGAGAAUUGCCCGAGUUGUUUGGUGAUAUCGCCAAACACGUGCUGGCCACACACCGCACCACUCUACCAACGAACUCCAAGAAGCGGAAGCUGGACGAUGUACCUCCCACCACCCAGACCAACGGCAACACCAAUGCCAUAUCCAACCCGAGUGUGUCUUUCGAAUGCAAAAAUGUUAGCUUCGCUGUUCCAGMACGAAAAAAGCUGAAGUUACAACUGGUCGCCGACGCUGCUGAUUCGAGCCGGAGAGAGGUCAGGGUGUUAAAUGCUCAGAGCGACGACGUCGAAUAUGCCAUUUCCAACUCUCAGGUCGAUCAGGCGUUUUGUCUGCCUGUCCCCGAGAAGCAGCAGCGACAAUGGAACUUUGUACUCUUCCCUCAGGCUGGAGCUACGAAUGCGGAGGGAACGCCUUGCGAACAGAUAGUCUUCACCAUGAACGAGACGAAACCAGACGACGCCAGCUCUUCCACACGUGCCACGGCAGAAGGAGAUACGUACGUUUCGGUCACGGAGCCCGAACUAAACACCUUUCUGCAACCAUACGGCAAACGUGUGGUGCGACCAACAGACGUCGAGUUCUCAAGCAGCAUACCGCAGUCGCAUCGAAAAGGAGAAAAGGCAUACCACAUCAAAGUGCACAAGGGGUCGAAAGAAGGCUACCUCUUCCUACUCUCCAACGGCGUGGUAUUCGGCUUCAAGAAGCCUCUUGCCUUCUUCCCGUUCUCGGUCAUUGAGUCCAUCAGCUACACCUCUGUGCUGCAACGAACUUUCAACCUCGUAAUCACGGCCACAGAAGGAGACGGCACCGAAGCCAGGGAGACCGAAUUCAGCAUGAUAGACCAGGCAGACUUUGGAGGCAUUGACGAGUAUGUGAAGCGACACGGUCUCAACGAUGCUUCAAUGGCUGCAGACCGGCGAGCAAAGGCGUAUAAUGUGAACAAGAAAGUGGAAGCCAGUGAUACUGGCGUUGCGGAGGGAGAAGAGGAAUCUGAGCUGGCAAAGGCCGAACAAACGUUGCAGGACGAGGAGGAUGAGCUGGAAGAAGACUACGAGGCAUCGGGUGGUGAGAGCGACGGUGAAGGAGAAUACAGCGAGGACGAGGAUGGUGAUGGCGAAGGAUAUGCAGACGACGGCGAUGAGGGAGAAGAGGAAGAAGCAGACGAAUGA